AAUCCUAUGGUUAUUAUAUUUGAGGGUUAGGCAAAUGUCAACCGGUGUAUGUGUACUUUUCGUUUUAUUCAUAUAGUUCAAAAUAACACAAUGGAAAGAGAUAUUGAACAACUAAACUCGGCUUUAAAUGCAGUUAAAGUUUUAAGAUCUAAUGUUAGAAGUGUUUUUGAAUCAGUAAGUAAUGGUUUGAGAGCAGAUCAUGGGGACGAGGGAAAAGAAACCAAAUUUUUAUAUGAACUUCAAGAAUUAUUGACCACAGUUAAUAAUAAUCUCAGAGAUGUGGAAAAUGCAGUAGCCAAUUUAACACCACCACCUGGUGCUUUUAGUCUAGGUAAUACCACAUUCUUGAGUCAAGAAACAACCCAAGAAAGACAAGCUCUGUAUGGGCAAUUAGUAAACAGUUACAAAUGGACAGAUAAAAUACGUGAGUACAGUGCAGUGGCUGGAAAUAUACUCGCAGCCAAUUCCUUCAACAAGACCUACAAAACUUACAGUACAACAAAGAGAAGGAAAACACAGACCAGUCAACAUAAUGUCCAGCCAGACGUAAUAGAAAAUUUAAUUACUAGCAUUGAUCGUCUUUUUCCUGAUGUUACUUUUACCACUAACAGACCAUUAGUACCAAAUCCAGUUAUUCAGGUACUACUUGGCAGGGUAUUGAAAGCUAUUAUAGCAUUCAAGGGAUUGAUGAUUGAAUGGGUAGUGGUGAAAGCACAUGCGGAAUCUAAUGAUUUGUGGACAGAAUCACGUUAUAAAGUUUUCAGGAAAGUUACAGAGAAUUGCCAUGCUGCGAUGUGUCACUUUCAUUCCCCAUUAAUGCCAGAGUUAGCUAUUAGGUCAUUUAUGCAUUGGUUUCAUAGUUAUAUAAGUCUUUUCAACGCCCCAUGUAAAAGAUGUGCAAACCAUCUCAACAACAAUUUACCUCCCACAUGGAGAGAUCUCAGAACUUUAGAGCCAUAUCAUGAAGAAUGUAAAUAACAGUUUAAUAACUUCUAGGCUUAAAUUAAGAUUUAGUUUUCAUGUUUUUUUUAACAUUUGUCAAUAAAAUAGGUUGAAUUUUU